UGGCCAAAACAAUCAGGUGACAUCAAACGAGGAAAGCCACGCACUUCACUCCCACGAGGAAACCUAACACGGGGUUCAGACUUCACAGUUGCAGAAAGCUUCCGUCUUUCACACUGUUCUUUUUCUUUGUCAAUGGAUUUUCACUCAGAACCAUUUUGCAACUGAGGGAAAUUAAUGGGGGUGGGGGGAAAUUUCUGGGAUUUGCUAAAGCCAUACGCACGAGACGAAGGUUUGGAUUUCUUAAGGGACAAGCGAGUCGCCGUGGACCUCUCCUUCUGGAUCAUCCAGCAUCAGACUGCUAUCAAGGCCCAUGCUCGGAAACCCCAUCUGCGACUCACCUUCUUUCGCACUAUCAAUCUCUUCUCCAAGUUUGGAGCAUAUCCAGUCUUCGUGGUAGAUGGGACCCCAUCGCCGUUGAAAUCGCAAGCUAGGAUUUCAAGAUUUUUCCGUUUUUCUGGCAUUGAACUAACAGAUUUUCCGGUGGGUGAAGAAAGUGUUCCCGUUGAGAGGAACCGUGAAUUUUCAAGACGUGUUAAAGAAUGUGUGGAACUUGUUGAGCUACUCGGAAUGCCUGUACUAUAUGCUAAAGGAGAGGCAGAAGCACUCUGUGCCCAAUUAAAUAGUGAAGGUUAUGUGGAUGCUUGCAUUACAUCUGACAGUGAUGCAUUCCUAUUCGGUGCGAAAUGUGUCAUAAAAGCUUCUGCUCUAAUGCUAAAGUAAGAAGCGUUUGAAUGCUACAAUAUGGAAGAUAUUGAAUCUGGUCUUGGGUUGAAGAGGAAACACCUCAUAGCUAUUUCUCUUCUUGUUGGAAAUGAUCAUGAUUUAACAGGUGUUCAAGGGAUUGGGCUUGAUACGGCUCUUCGUUUUGUUAGUUGUUUUAGUGAAGCAGAUGUAUUGAAUAGAUUGCAAGAGAUUGGCAAUGGGAAAGUUUCUCCCACCGGCAUUAAAUCUGCUGAAGAUUGUGUUGACAUGGAUGGGAACUUUCCAAGCCAUAAACAGCUUCACUGUUCCUUUUGUGGGCAUCCAGGCAGCAAAAGAGAUCAUAUGAAAUCUCCUUGUGAAUUUUGCAGUGCAAAUGAUAAUGAAGGUUGCUUGAGAAAACCAGAGGGUUUUACUUGCGGUUGCCCUUCCUGUGAUAUGCUUAGGAAACGAAAGGCACAGAGAAGGAUGGAAAAUUGGCACACAAAAAUUUGUCUCAAGAUUGCAAAGGAGCCCAAGUUUCCCAGAGAUGAAAUCAUUGAAAUGUACUUCUGCAAUGACAAUGGUUGCCACUCUGCAAGUGAUGGUCCUUGCAUCUCAUGGAGUAGACCAAAGAUUGAGAUGCUGAUAGAUUUUUUAAACUUUCAUCAGCAUUGGGAUCCGGCUUACAUUCGAAAGCAGAUUUUUCCUAUGAUGUCUACCAUCUUUUUGAGAGACAUGGCUAAUACUCCUGUAGAAAGUCUCGUAUUUGGGACAUUUGAGUUUGAUUCAAUACAACGUGUGAAGAUAAGAUAUGGAUAUCAAUUUUAUGUUGUCAAGUGGAAAUGUGCAGUUGGCAACAUUAGUUGUACAGUUCCAUCACACGAAUCUAGCAUGCAACAAGCAGAUGGUAGUGAGAUUGAUGAUUUUGUGGAUCUACUAGAUGAUUCUAGUGUCUCUGAUAUGAGUGAUGGUUGUAGCUUCCUAUUGACAGAUGAAAAUAUGGAUCUUGUGAGGGCUGCAUUUCCAGCAAAAGUUGAAGGGUUUUGGCAAGAACAGGAAUUGAAGGGAUUGAAAAUAAGAAAAGCUUCUACCCCGCAAUCUCUAGAGAAUGAGAAUUCAUCACCAUUGAACACAAGAAGCACUCAACUAAGCAUUACAAAGUUCUACCGCUCAGUGAAAACGCAAAAUCAUUCAAAACAGGAAGAGGCAUCUGAUAGCUUUGAUAACCUUGAUGGUGGGACCUCAAAAGGGAAAAGAACGAUGUCCAGUCCAAAUCUAACGAAAUCAGCGAGGCGUCGCCUUUUAUUUAAGUAGAUAUGUUAAACUUUUGGAUCUCGAGUCCUGAAAUGCUUUUGGAAAAUGUUGAGGCAACAAGAGUUUGAACAUAGACUGGCGUGUUAGUAUGGUAUUAGGUUUCUUUUUUGCAUGUCUAGGGUGGGUCUUCAGAGGUGAGAUAACUUCUUAUGUUAUUAGCUUCUGUUUCUUUCCAUUCAUGUAUAAAUCUCAUUUUCUUUUCUGUAAAUUGCGGUCUUUCUUAGUGUUGAGUUCUUGUGUUGUGUGGCUAGAAUUUCAAUUUAGAUUAUGUUGUCUUAUA